AUGCAAACAUAUACGCUAAGCACUUCGAAAAAAUUUUGUCUCGAGGAAGUCGCUAAAUUUCGCCCAACGGUGGAUAGACCUUUUUUCAAUAUUUAUCUGUGGGACCAUUUCAACGAUGCAGUCAAGUGGGUCACUGCAGGCCGUUUUCAGCCCAAGAAUUUUGAGUUUGUGGCAGGAGAGCUACCUUUGAGUGAGGUAAAUAGCGUGCUUAUCUUCAUUGCAUUAUACUAUGUGGUCGUCUUUGGUGGGAGGUAUCUAUUAAAGUCAUGUAGGCCUCUCAAAUUGACCGUUUUUUCCCAAAUCCACAAUUUGUUGUUGACUUCUGUUUCCUUAUUGUGGUUGGUGUUGAUCGUGGAGCAGGCGGUGCCUAUGGUGUAUCGCCACGGGUUGUACUUCGCCAUUUGUGACAUUAGAUCUUGGACCCAACCAAUGGUGGCAUUGUACUACUUCAAUUAUAUCACCAAGUUCGUAGAGUUCACAGAUACGAUUCUCAUGGUAUUGAAGCAUAAGAGGCUGACUUUCCUGCACACAUAUCACCACGGUGCCACAGCCCUGUUGUGCUACACUGAAUUGGUCGGUUACACAGCAGUGCAAUGGGUACCUAUUAUUUUGAACUUGACCGUUCACGUUCUCAUGUAUUGGUAUUACUUCCUUUCUGCUAGCGGAGUCCGUGUGUGGUGGAAGGCCUGGGUAACUAGGUUGCAAAUUAUACAAUUCAUCCUUGAUAUGAUUUUCAUAUAUUUCGUACUUUACCAACAGACCGUCGCCGCAUAUUUCAUGGACUCUGGUCUACCCUUCUGCGGAAAGUGUCUGGGUUCGUUAACCGCUAUUUAUUCUGGUGCAGCCAUCGUCACAUCUUAUCUGUUUUUGUUCAUUUCCUUCUAUAUUGAGGUUUACAAAAGUGGUGGUGCCAAAGAUAAAAAGAAGAUUGACAGGAAAGCUUGA